GCUUGAAAUCGCGACAACUUGGGGGCUGCCACCGACAUGCACAGCAACCACAGUCGCAUCAGAACACCAUGCGCGUCGUCAAGCCUUCAUGGCUGAGCCAUAGCGGCGAGCAGAAGGACUUCGAAGUCUACAGCGUCCACGUUUCCCCAGAUGGCUCAAGGCUUGCGACGGCCGGCGGUGAUGGCCACGUCCGCGUUUGGUCGACCGAAUCGAUAUACAACUCGAACGACGAAACCUACAGGAAACCUCGACAGCUCUGCCACAUGAGCCAUCACCUCGGGACCAUCCACUCCGUGCGAUUCUCUCCCAAUGGCCGAUAUCUUGCCUCGGGCGCCGACGACAAAAUCAUCUGCAUCUACCAUCUCGACAGCAACCCUCCUUCGCACACUGCCACGUUCGGCACCAACGAGCCGCCGCCCAUCGAAAACUGGAAGACGUACAGGCGCCUGGUCGGGCACGAGAACGAUGUCCAGGACAUCGCCUGGUCUUACGACUCGUCUAUUCUGGCGUCAGUUGGUCUUGACUCCAAAGUUGUGGUGUGGUCCGGGCAUACCUUUGAGAAGCUCAAGACGCUGGCAGUCCACCAGAGUCACGUCAAGGGCAUCACGUUCGACCCGGCCAAUAAGUUCUUUGCAACUGCAAGCGACGACAGGACCAUUCGAAUAUUCCGCUUCACCCCGCCGGCGCCCAACGCUACCCAACACGAUAUGGUGAACAAUUUUGUGCUUGAAACAACCAUCAACACGCCCUUCAAGAACUCGCCUCUUACCACAUACUUCAGGCGUUGCUCCUGGUCGCCCGAUGGGAAUCAUAUCGCCGCGGCCAACGCCGUGAACGGUCCCGUUAGUUCUGUCGCCAUCAUCGAGCGCUCUAGCUGGGACUCGGAGAUCAACCUGAUUGGCCACGAGGGCCCUACCGAGGUCUGCCAGUUCUCGCCCCGACUGUUCCAUACGAAGGACCCAGCUCAGGCGAACGGGAACGCCAGCAGCCGCAGCAGCCACCUUGUCACAGUCAUCGCAUCGGCAGGUCAGGACAAGACGCUUAGCAUAUGGAACACCAAUACCUCGAGACCAGUUGUCAUCGUACAGGAUGUGGCUGCCAAGUCCAUAUCGGAUCUUUCUUGGGCUCCCGACGGCCAGACUAUUUUUGUUUCGAGUCUUGACGGCAGCAUCAUUGCAGUCAAGUUUUCCGAAGGUGAACUUGGCUGGGUUGCCACGGCUGAGGAGAAUGACAAGGCGCUGCAGAAAUAUGGCAUCUCGAGGAAGGGCAUGGGGACGGCCGAGGAUGUCGAAGGACUGAACUUGGAGAACCAUAGCAAGGCGGGCGAGCUCCGUGGUGCGGAAUCGCGCAUGGGGGCGCUCAUGGGCGAUGAAGUGGCCGCAGCGGCGUCAAAGACUCCUGGUACUACAUCCACAAACGGCGUCAAGGCGACAUCAACCGCAAGCUCGAACUCGACCGCAGCUGGGAAAGCUGCAGAUGGCGAGACCAAUGGCGACUCCGACGCAGCGAAAAAGGCCGACCCAAAAGAUCCUGCAGACGAGAGCGAAGACCAGAAGGCAGAGCGGAUAGCAGCCCUCAAGUCUCGGGUUACAAUCACGAAAGAAGGCAAAAAGAGGGUUGCCCCUCUCCUUGUGUCUUCGUCUGGAACCGGUCAGUCCUCUCUGCCACAGUCCCAUCUUGUUGGGACCGGAUCGACCAAGGCGGCGCGAGACGAUACUCCGCAGAGCAUCCUAGAUCUAUCCAAGCCAUAUGAUGGCCUCCCUAAGGGAGGGCUUGCGUCGAUGCUACUGGGAAACAAGCGGAAGGCGGUAGCUGUGGAGGGAGAGGAUGAAGACGAGAGCACCAACAAGCGACCGGCGUCAGGCCCUGUUCCUAUCAUGAUCAACGGGGUUGAUGGUCUUGAGCACGCCCAGGUGCAGGAUGCGGCUGCAAGAGUGGUUGCCACGCCCGAGUUCUUGCGCCCGGCCGUGCUGAGCUCGUCGAUAUCCAUAUCCCAGAUCAGGCUGGGCGUCCCCAAGGUCAGGUCACACAUUCUCCGGCCCUUGGAGAGGGGCGUGCUGCAAGGAGAGAGCACUCUGGAGGAAGCUUCCAAAGUGCCCGAGAACAUCAUCCUGGAGGCCAAGAAUCCGGAGAUGGCAAGGGACCCCUCGCACAUCACAGCAAGCAAGCGCGGUAGUGUUCUGUGGCAUGACUUCGUGCCUAGGGCCGUCAUGUUGGUGACGGGCAACAAGAACUUCUGGGCAGCGGCGUGCGAAGACGGCAUAGUCUACGUCUGGUCGCCAGCUGGCCGGCGCUUGGUCAACGCGCUCGUCCUCGAAUCCCAGCCCGUCAUACUGGAGUGCCGGGAGUACUGGCUACUAUGCGUGACGGCGGUGGGGUUGUGUCACGUUUGGAACAUCGAAACUUGCUCGUCACCGCAUCCACCAGUGUCGCUGGGGCCGGUGCUGGAUCUGGCCAUUCACUCGCUCAAUCCGCAUGCGGCUGUUCCAGGCCCGAGCGUGUCAGCCGCCCACCUUAACUCGGAAGGGCGGAUCGUGAUCACGUUGAGCAACGGCGACGGUUUCUUCUACUCGCCCAACCUGUACGCGUGGCAGCGCCUGUCAGAAACGUGGUGGGCCGUUGGCAGCCAGUACUGGAACAGCAAUGACAGCUCCGUCAGCGCCCUGCAGACCACAGCUGUCGGCCCUGCGACGGCGGCCGCGCCAUCGUGCACGUCGACUGGCGAAGGUGGCGUGUCGGUCUCGGCGGGCGUUAUCCCGUUCCUGGAGCGGCACACGACCAACGAGUUUCUACUCCGCGGGCGGGCCUACACGCUGCAGCGUCUCAUCAAGACGCUGCUCAGUCGCGAGGGAUUCGAAGGGUUUGAAAGCAGCGUCAGCAUUGCACAUCUGGAGAACCGGAUUGCGGGUGCGCUGCAGCUCGGGUCCCGGGACGAGUUCCGGCUGUAUCUGUUCAUGUACGCCAAACGCCUUGGAGCCGAGGGCCUGCGGCCCAAGGUCGAAGAGCUUCUCAACUCGCUUCUUGGCGGCGUGCUCCAGAACAAAGACGACGGCACGAGCACAAAAGCGGGCCCGGCCACCGACAAUGGUUGGUGGCUGGACAAGGGAGAUCAACUGUGCGGGUGGGACCGCAGGGAGCUCCUCAAGGGUGUGGUCAUGAUUCUGGGCAAAUUCCGGGAACUGCAGCGCUUGACGGUGCAGUAUGCUCGCGUGCUCGGUCUCACUACGGACGACGACGAUGACGACCACGAAAACGAUGUCGAUCCCAUGGCCAUCGAGGCUUGAGCACAUAGCUUUUGCAGCCGUUGACGCGGCUUUUUUUCUUUUGCUCCUCGAGUGAGAGCUGACGGCUCAGUGGCGCCCUUUGCGCAUCAUUCAUCAAAUCAUGUCAAGUUGUUUGGCGUUUGCGGUUCUCUGGGAGGAUUUUACUGGACAACAGGGAUAUUUCUAACUUUUCCUUUUGCACCAAAGGCGACACCCGUGGUUGUGCCUUUGCAUUGCGUGCGUGGAAAGACUGUGUAUGUGUAGAUACCUCGUGUUUUUUUUCCACACCCUGUUUCGGCGGCCUCAUUUUCUUGAUUUUCUUUUUUCGCCGAUUUUCUGGCGAUGGCAAAGUGCCAGGGGAGGCAGACUGUUCCAGAGGUUUCUUGUGUGUAUUAUUUUGAACGAGCUGUGCUUACUAGUACACGUGGACCAUAAGGCGUUGGUGCAUAUUACGUCAUCGCAGCCCAAACGAUGCAUCGUCAAAAAAUGCAAUGCUUGCCUAGAC